GUGGAAAUCUUAAUCGCGCACAGACCUCGCACGGCUGUCUGUAUAUAUACCACUACAUUUCCAUUCACAUUCCCUCCUUCACCACUUGAAUACAAGGGAGCCAUUGCGUGUGGUUUUGACGGAGGGGAUCCCUGCUUCUCAAACACCAGCAUGGAUCGGUGAGGCGGAACAAGUAGGGGAAAGCAAGAACCCACCAUGCCUACCAUCCUCGUCUCGGGAGCGGCCAAUGGACUCGGCGCAGCUUUUGUCGAUGCAUACAGACAACAAGAAGGCACCGAGAUCAUCGCCAUCGACAGAGCUGCCAUUCCCUCCUCGUACGAAAAUUUCCGCAGCUUCCAAGUGGACGUCGCAGACGAGCACUCCAUCGACACUUUUGCCCGACAGAUUCAGGACGAAGCGAUCGAUCUGGUCAUCCACAGCGCAGGUAUCCGUGGACUCGUGCCCUCAGUAGAAGCAGAGAAGCCGAACGAUGUGGCCGCUUGCGAGACCAUCUCGGUCAUGGACAUGGCCACAUUGACCCGCACCUUUCAAAUCAACGCUGCUGGCACGUUCUUCCUCCUCCGUGCUCUCCUCCCGAAUCUACGAAGGCCCACGGUUCCCCAGCCGAAGGUCGUCGUCAUGUCUAGCCGAAUGGGCAGCAUAGGCAAUAACGAAUUACCAAACAAAGACGCUGGGAGCGCCUUUGCGUACCGUGCUUCAAAGGCAGCGCUCAACACCAUUGUGCGUUCCUUUGCCGUCGAUGUGCCUGAAGUGGCAUUCAUUCUGUGCCAUCCUGGACGCGUGGAGACGAAGCUGGUGAAGGGUGUAGAAGCUGGCGCCAUUUCGGUGGAGGAAAGUGUAGCAAGUGUGAUGCCACUCAUCUCCACCUGGGAUCGGAUCGAUAGCGGCAAGUUCUACGAUCGGUUUGGACAAGUCAUUCAAUGGUGAGAUUGCUCGACAGAGAGAGAUGUACACAAGCGUACCUACAGAGACAUCGGACGAAGCCUUGCCCAAGUGAGCAAGGGCAGCUUUGCCGAGCGCCUUACAUAAUCUGCACUGCACUUCAAGACUUCGAGC